UGGCCCUGGCCGAAACCCGUUCGCCUGCAUGAAUCAGAAUACAUUGCAAUGUUGAAUUUGCCCGUAUGGGAUCCACGACAUAAUCCCGCAGAUCGGUACCACCUGAUGCCAAUCCUCACGCCAAGCUACCCCUCACAGAAUUCGGCGUAUAACCUUCAGCGGAGCAAUCGCAUCAUCAUUAAGCGUGAAAUGAAACGAGGCCAUGCAGUUGUGAAGGAGAUACUUCUUCGAAAGCGCCCGUGGUCGGACCUCUUCGAACCAGCUUUCUUCUUCACAUACCGCCACUUCAUUGUGGUAAUUGUAAGUGCCGUGGAGAAGCGGUGCUUCAUGGAGCGGUGUGGCUUGGUUGAGUCGCGAUUGCGUGUUUUGGUGAGCAACGCAGAGAACAAUUGUUGCGUGAAGAUUGCGCACGUGAAUUGUCGCGCGAUUGGCAAAGGUCCAGAGGACGGCACGGAUGCAGCCUUUGUGAAGGAGUGGUUUAUUGGCAUGGAGUUUUCCCAUAAGCGGAUAACCUGA